AUGGGUAUCCGGAUCCCCCCACCCAUCUUCCGUUUAGACAGCCCUGGCCCCUUCUACCCAAGCCCGGCUCCUGCCUCUAAUCGCGGCUGGCGGCGGGCGAGGAAGGCUCUUUUCUCUCAGGAGAGCGAGAAAGGCCUGAGGCGGCCGGACCUCCUCUCCCGGGUGCAGACUCCCGGCCCCAAAGCCCGACUCCUCCUACCUCUGGCGCGGCCGCAGCACCUUCUCAACGGCGACCCAAACGCCUGCGCAUGCGCGGCGGAGAAUUGCGGCUGCGCGGGCGCAGAGGGAUCCUUGAGGCUCGCGUCCCAUCCUCCUUUGCGGCCGGGGCGCGCGACUGAGAGCGUUUGUCUAGCGCGCGGGGCAGGGCCUGGCGGAGCGCGGUGCUCGAGGACCGUGUGGCUGAGGUUGUAG